AAAAGUAAUUUCACUGCAUCUUGGAAGAAAGCAUCCAUUCCCAUUCUACAGAAGAAGGACACGUUCCUGAGACAAUAUCUGUACGCCUUUUUUUCUGUUGAGGUUUCUCCAAAAUACUAUUAGUUCACUUACCAUGCAUCUCUAGCCCCUACUAACCUAUGGCCAACACCUUUCUUUGGAUAGCAAAGCAGUCCAACCAGAACUAAUGCUGGGCCCAGAGGACAGAUCCUAAGAGGACACAGUCCUGGUUGGCCUCAGGGUGCAGCCCCAAGAGGUACAGAUUUGUUAUAGCGUCAUUAGGAAACCUUCUGGAAUAUUGUCCCCUCCUUUCAUAGAAGAACGAAGGUGGGGCCUCGGGCUCUAGGACUCACAGCACUGGAUCCCAGAAACAGUUUUACUGGCAUCUCUGACUGUGGCCAGGCCUUGCCCUCGGUUUGGCCCACAGCUCCAUCCGCUACACACACAGAGCCUCACUUGCGUUCCACACAGCUAUGUGUUCAGACACGCGCGUGGCGCUGGUGACCGGGGCCAACAAAGGCAUCGGCUUGGCCAUCGUGCGUGACCUGUGCCGGCGGUUCUCCGGGGACGUGGUGCUCACAGCACGGGACGAGGCGCGGGGACGGGCGGCUGUGCAGCAGCUCCAGGGCGAGGGCCUGAGUCCGCGCUUCCACCUGCUGGACAUCGACAACCAGCAAAGCAUCCACGCCCUGCGUGACUUCCUGCGCAAGGAGUACGGGGGAUUGGACGUGCUGGUCAACAAUGCAGCCGUCUUCUUUGACAUUGGUGACCCCACCCCCUUACAUAUUCAAGCAGAAGUGACGAUGAAAACAAACUUCUUUGGUACCCGAGACGUGUGCACAGAACUGCUGCCUCUAAUGAGACCCCAAGGCAGAGUGGUCAAUGUGUCUAGUAUAAUGAGCUUCGUAGCUCUUGAAUACUGUAGCCCAGGACUGCAGCAGAAGUUCAGAAGUGAGACCAUCACAGAGGAGGAGCUUGUGGGGCUCAUGAACAAAUUUGUGGACGAUGUAAAGAACGGAGUGCACCAGAACGAGGGCUGGCCUGAUAUGAAAGUAGUCACAUAUGGAGUGUCAGAGAUGGGUCUCACAGUCCUGUCCAGAAUCUAUGCCAGGAAACUGAGUGAGCAGAGGAGAGGGGACAAGAUCCUCCUGAAUGCCUGCUGUCCUGGGUGGGUGAGAACAGACAUGGGUGGGCCAAAAGGCAUCAAAACCGUAGAAGAAGGAGCAGAGACUCCUGUCUACUUGGCCCUUUUGCCCUUGGAUGCUAAGGGGCCUCACGGGGAGUUUGUUAUGGAGAAGAAAGUUGAACAAUGGGGACUCCGCCCUCAGUUCCCUCCAUGGGUCCCAUUAUGAUACUGCCAUGAUUUGACCAAACAGAUUACACUGUCGACAAUGUCCUUAUAAAAAAAAAAAGAAAGGAAGAAAAGAAGAGAAAAGAAAAGAAAGAAAAGAAAAGAGAAAAGAAAAGAAAAGAAAAGAAAAGAAAAGAAAAGAGAAAAGAAAAAAAAAAGAAAAAAGAAAAGAAUCACUAUCUAUAUCAAGUACUCACACUGAAUUGGCUACUGAAAUCUUUUGUGAUUUCUUCUGUGAUAUAUGAGUAGAAAGAGUGGAAUUAAUGACUAUAAUGAAUCAACAUCAUAGAUGAAUAAACAGUUCUAAGUAAA